CACAUGGAGUGUACAAGUAAUCAACUUCAUGGCUAUUGAAACUCUCAACAACUGAGAAGGAAUCCAAAGCUAAGGAAAGACAAAGAUACUGUCACCAACAAAUGCUUGUCUUUAGUACACAAAACACCUGUUCAAUUCACUGUAGGAACAUCAUCAAAUCUCCUUCGGGGAGGAAGCUUGGGUAAAACUACCACAGCUGAACCCGCUAUACCACCAUUCAUCUGUAGACUGAGACAGGACGACACAUUCUCAUGCCAACUUCAGAUCAGAGAGCAUGGCUCUCAUUAUAGGGAUCAAAACAAUGGACAAAGAAGUGGAAAUAUGAUUACUCUAAAGAUGUAUCAAUGACAUAUCGUUAUUGUGACAGUUGAGGAGAAUGGAUAAGCAAAGGGUAAGAUUUGCCAAAGAUUCAUUUGGAGUAUAUGCUGCAGAACAGGUCCAGGAGACACAACCAGAACAAAAUGGCCAAGCAGCUUAUGUUGAUGCUCCUUCACCAUCACAUAUCGAACCAGAUACAGGACAAUAUCAUCUCAAGAGCCCACCUAAGGAUCCCCGCAUCAUCAACCGUAAGGGAGUCAAGCUGUCCAGUAUUGAGGAAGUCCCGGAGGAGGAGAACCUUGGUAAGGGGGUUACGUUGUCUGGGAUUGAUGAAUUACCAGAGGAAACGAGACCUAGAGGAAAAGGUGUCUAUGCACCUGAACCGGUGGAGAAAGCUGCUGUCCAUGGGAACCAAUUUCCCUCCACAGCUGAGGAAAUACCAGAGAAAGAAUUAGCAGCAGAUUCACGAUUUCUGGAGGUUGAGCCGUAUUGUUAUAAGAAAAAAAAGCCUGGUGACUUCUCCAAGAGUGAACGUGUCUUGCCACCGAUUAGGAGGGGUUUAGGUGCAAUUGACGAGGUUGGACCAUUACCUGAACGUGAGAGGACAGAUGAUUUAGACAGGACAUACGAGGCAUUGCAAAUUGAUAGGCCUGAGUUUAGUGAUCUUGAUAUUACAUACAGAGUCAAUAAUGACAAUAUGAUUAGGCCCGAGUUUAGUGAUCUUGAUAUUACAUACAGAGUCAAUAACAAGACAUCAUCUAACAUUUCUCCCUAUGGCUUGACACAUUCCGUGAUACAAGACCGAAAGCCUAAUUUCAGUGAUCUUGACAUUACGUUUUCUCCGGAGCCAUUAGAGAGGAAAAACUUUGAUAGGCCUCUGACACAUGCCUUGGAACCAGCUCCAAUUGACAAACCACGAAGGGUUACAAAGCCUUAUAAACUAGAACCAGCUCCAAAUGAUAAUCCUCGGAAAGUUACAAGACCCUAUAAACUAGAACCACUUGGGCAGAAAACCAAGCGGGCUAGUAGGGCUAUGUCCUGUGCAGUGGAAUCAGUGGCAAAGCCACAGUUUCGCCGGCAGGUCAACAUGUUAUAUCCGUUUGUGACCGAGAUGGACACAAAGCAUGGCCAUACAAGGCGAUAUGACCGAUUUGCAAGGGUACCAGAGGAACUAAGCCUUCCAAGACAAAUGAGGAGGGGCUCGGGAGAUAUGCGGACUUACAGAGUUGUUGGUGUGGAAGAUGACUGGAUUGGAGAUCUCCCUGAUGAACUCGACCACAGCCACACAAUUGAUACGCCGCAAAUUACAGAGUUAGAUUCAUUCCCCUCAGGCUCAUUGGGGAGCGAGAUAACAUUAGGGGAGGGGACACAAGAUGACAUCCUUGGGAGGUGGGAAAGGAUCAGUAUUCCAGGGACAAUACAUGGUAGCCAAGGGACAUUCAACAUUGAUAUCGAUGGACCAUCUAAACCAUCAGAGGAGAGAUGGGAAUUAGUAAGUUUAACUGCCACAUUAGCAGGAAGUCGUGGGACUUUGAAUAUUGAUGAUGCCGAGCGGCUUUAUGGAAAGCCGGACAGGUCAAAGAGGAGCACCAGUAACCAAGAUAGAUGGGAACGCACGAACACUGAGGGUACUCUAAAAGGCAGCUUGGGCACCAUUCAUGAAGAUGGGGGACAGGAUGGUACCGGGAAACAGGGGCUAGGAGAAAGUGCCAGUAGAGAACAGACUAAUUUAUCUGGGGAGGGAACAACAAAUAGGGAAAGUAGGAAAGGUUCGACUACAUUUAGAUCGGAGAAUGUUAGUCUUCCUGACACUCUUAAAGGUAGUUGUAGUAGUGUUGAAGUGAAGCCUGUACAAAGGCGACCGAGCAUGCAAAGAAAAGCUUCUAAAAUACCAAUAAGGAGAGCUAGUGGUGCAAGAAAUGGGUCCAUGGGAGAUGAAGGCAUCCAAGGAAGAGAAUGAUGCUUUAUAAGGGGGAUGAAGAUAUUCGCACUGAGUUUGUCAUCCUGAACAGAUUUACACAAAAUAUUUUGAGGUUUGAUUCCAAUUUUAUU